AUCAUCAUCAUCAUCAUAACACGGAAGCAGUCCUCUGAUAGUGGGGGGGCAGGAGAGUCUCACAGCUCCAGCUCCGGCUCCAGAUCCAGGGGUAGGCUACCCGGGUGAAAUAACGACAAACAGAGAGGUUUUCUAAGAGGGGGGGCAGAAGCGGGAGCUCAGAUCCGAAGACAGACACCUAGACGCGGACACGAGGCGAGCAUCAUGGCGCUGAUCCCCUCGCAGGUUCUCCGGGUCGCCAUCCUGCUGUCCUACUUCUCCAUCCUGUGCCACUACAAAGCCCUGGACAUGCCGGCGCACCAGACCUACGGAGGCAGCUGGAAGUUCCUCACCUUCAUAGACCUGGUGAUCCAGGCCGUGUUUUUCGGGCUGUGCGUCCUCAUCGACGUGUCCAGUCUGCUGACGAAGGGCGGCGACAGCAGGGAGCAGGAGCGCCAGCUGAGGAAGCUGAUCGGCCUGAGGGACUGGAUGAUGGCCGUCCUGGCCUUCCCCGUCGGAGCGUUUGUGGUGUUUACAUUCUGGAGUCUCUACCUGUACGACAGAGAACUGGUCUACCCCAGACUACUGGACAACUUCAUCCCUCAGUGGCUCAACCACGGCAUGCACACUACUGUUCUUCCCUUCAUCAUCAUCGAGAUGCGAACCACCCACCAUCGGUACCCCAGCAGGUCGUGGGGUCUGGCCGCGGUCUGCUGCUUCGGAGUCGGAUACAUCCUCUGGACGUGUUGGGUGCACCAGGUGACGGGGGUGUGGGUGUACCCGGUGCUGGAGCGCAUCGCGCCGCUGGCUCGCGUCGUCUUCUUCAGCGUGAUGACGGCGGUAAUCUGCGUCUUCUACGUCCUCGGAGAAAUCCUCAACAGCUACAUCUGGGACCAGCCACACACAGAAAAGGUCAAAGGUGAGUGAACUGUGUGGAACCUGAACCGGUUUCAGACGACGAGGAGUCGAGGCCCCGUCCUGCAGUCCACCGGGACGGCAGGGGAAGGAAAAGAAGGAAACAAGCGACCUCUCUGGACGAGCAGUAACUGUUGAACUGGAUCAAUAACAACAACAACAACAACAACAAACAAUAAAACAACAAAGACAGAAAGACGGAGCAUCAUCAUCAUUAGAUGUAGAUCCAGAGGCUAAGCUCAUCGUGUUUUUCUUUGUGCUCUGUUAUCGUCAUUAUUCCCAUUUUUUUUGCUACAAAAGGCGACGGAUGACGUGUGAAGUGAACGACAUCUAUACACAACGUUAACGAAGUACUGUACACACUCAUUACACAUCUGCAGUCUGAGCUCAACUGGAAUGAAAUCCUUCAUUAGCUACAAUCGAACAUUGGUGAUUAUUAUUAUUAUUAUCAUUCAUCUUCCAUUCAUCAUGUAUGGGAGAAAGUAGAUGUCGGUGAAUUAAAAAUCAAUAAAAACCUGAGUGGAAAAACA